GUCUUCCGUAUACGGUUUCCCUUUUGGGAUCUGGUCCAACGUUCUAGAAUCUUUGUGGCUUUCACGUUCGAUUCCAGCUGCGUGUAAUCGCCCGGAGAGGAGGGAGCGCAAUAACGGGUCUGAUCGCUAGCUGGGUCAAGAUGAAUGUGGGCGUUGCGCACAGCGAAGUCAAUCCAAACACUCGGGUUAUGAACAGUCGUGGUAUGUGGCUGACAUACGCCCUGGGAGUUGGAAUGCUUCACAUCGUUCUAUUGAGCAUUCCUUUCUUUAGUGUCCCUGUGGCAUGGACUCUGACCAAUGUCAUUCAUAAUCUGGGAAUGUAUGUGUUUCUGCAUGCAGUUAAGGGCACACCAUUUGAAACCCCAGACCAGGGCAAAGCUCGGCUGCUAACACAUUGGGAACAGCUAGACUAUGGAGUCCAGUUCACAUCUUCACGAAAGUUUUUCACAAUUUCACCCAUCAUCCUGUACUUUCUAACCAGCUUCUACACAAAGUAUGAUCCUACACACUUCUUCAUCAACACAGCUUCUCUUCUUAGUGUCCUUAUUCCCAAACUUCCACAGCUGCAUGGCGUACGGAUCUUUGGAAUCAAUAAAUACUAAGCAGGAAUACUGGGAACCGUGUUUUUUCAAGCGCACACAUACCUGGCUCUGGCUCUGGCUCUUUCUAUUCUGAUGGAAUGGGUAGCCUACUAGGCCGUUUUAACAGUUUGUAUAUUAAAGAUCUAACCGCUCCUUCUUUGUAAGCUGUUGAAUUCACAUGGACUUUUGAUAAGAAGGUGCCUCUCCCAGAAUACUGUGAGAGCAGUAGAUCUUAAGCAAGGGUCUUCCUUUGUAAGCUGGGCGGGCCCAGCUGCGACCCAUUGUUUGCAGUGCAUAGACCAGACUGACAUGAGUUACAAAGGUAGAAACACCUCAGUGGAAACUAAUGGGCAAAUCAUUCACACAUCUAUAGAAAGAUAUCUCUGUGUACUAUUUGUUUUGUUUUUGUUUCUUUUCUUUUUCGUUAAGUCUGUCUGUGACAUACAACAGCAUUCACUAGCUAGCAUAGCCUUGUGCUGCAUGCUGCGUUGAUAAAAAUGCACUAGCUGUUUAGUUUACUUUUUGUUUGCUAUUGUACCAUUUGCUAGCUCCACUAUUUUAAGUGGAUGUUGGUUGUAUGUUUGUAUAUUUUUGUGAAUUGCCUAAAAAAAAAAUGAAGAAAACAAAAAAACUAAACAAACUGCUUCAUACGACACUUUCACCUUCAAGAGUUAUCUGGCUAUAAGCAUCCUCAUGUAUUGAGUUUAAGUGCUUCUCGGCAUUCAAUCAUUUCAGUUAUGCUUUAAUUUAAACUAGAUAAGCUUGCAUAAUUUUUAGGUUCAUACAUUGAAUUGGUCGGAGCAGUGAUACUCUAUUUAAUGUGUUUUAAGGGAACAUAGGAAGAAACACAUUAAGUAAAAAAAAAAACGAUUGGCAAUUCCAAAAUUGGAUUGGAAGCUAAGUGGAAGUUCAUGGAGCAACAUGUACAAAGUAAUCACUGAACAGAAAGUUCUUGACUAUGGACUGAGAUGGUACGAAAGAAUGGGUUGCAUAUGAAAGAGAAUGUAGGGUUUUUGGUUUUUUAUAGGGUAGUUUAAGGGACAAGUAUUAUCAACCCAUCACCCUUGCAUAAGGUUUGUUUAACCUUAUAGCUAAUCAUUGUGACAUAAAAUUCUGCAGAUUGUGGGAUCACAACUUGUAUUUCCUCUCUCUUCCUCCCAUAAAAUCCGCAAGGUCUCCCAAGAUUGCGUGGCGGAGGUCAAGUUAUUUUGACCCAUCUACAAAAGAUAUCAUAGACUAGAUCCAGACUUCAAUUGUGCAAAAAUAAAAAAGUUACGAACUGAUUUAUUUUGUAGUCCAAAUCAUUUUUAUUUUUUAACGUUAAUAAUGAAUUCUUCUCUAAAGUAAAACAAUGCAAAACUGAAUUUCGCUCUUAAAAAGAUAUAUAAUUAUAUUUUUGGUGACAGCAAGCUUUUGGUUUUGUUUUUGUUUUUUGGGGGCCGUUUUAACAGGCCAAGCUUGGUUGAUUUUCAAUAGCACUGUCAGAGAGAUUUUAAAGGACCCGAGAGUUUGAAGGUGACCACUGAUGGUUUCUAGCAGGAAGUCCAUUUUUCAGACAGAGAAGCUACAAAGAAACCAGAAUUAAAAGGAUCUAUAUUUUGUUUAAAAAAACAUAGAAAGUAAUCUAUUUUGAAGUGGAAUUUGACUUCACAGUUGCCCAAUUGUAUCCUUAAAUUGUCAAAAGGUUUGUUUGUGGAAAGAGAAAAAAAUAAGAUAAUAAAUUGUUGAUUGCACCUUUUAUUGCAUUUAUGUUUUAUCCUUUCUUACCUUAUGUUUUUGUUUUUAGAACAAAAUUUAUGAUUAUCUACCUACCCUAUAUAAAUGCUAUUUUAUUUACUAUGAAAGUGUUUUGGUAAACUAACAUUUGCACAAUAUGGUUGAUCUAUAUCAGUGAUGGCUGAAUUUAGCACGCCAGGUGUUUUGUGAAACACAUUCCCCACAAUACUCGGUCAUCCUUUCAGGAAAUCAUGGGUCAUGUAAUUCACAAACAUCUUUGAUGCUCAGGUUUAGUCAUAGCUGACCUGACAAUUGUUUUCAUUUAUGAUUAUUGUACAUACUUGUACAUUUUUUUUUGUUUUAAUUUUUUUCCUCCCAGUGGCUUUCAGUUGAUAGAAUAAAAUUAUUUUGUCCCUGG